AUGACUCAGUGGCCAACGACUUCUUUUGCUGGGAAUGCGCGGAGCGGCGACGAGCUUAAGAAGUCUCACGUUGUGGACACGCUUGGGGCGUUGAAGGUUGAGCCAUGGUUGACAGCGCACGCAGAUCCAUCAAGAUGGGUUCUCCUUGCUGUGAGUUGUGGUGCAAACAUUGCAGAUUAUGUGGCUCAGAAAGCUGUAGAGGCGGGCAGGCUUCUGGAUCCUGUCGAAGUGGUUGCUCAGGUCCUUAUGACCCAUUCUUCAUUGGAAGUGUCCCCCACACAUUCUGAGAUAAAGUUAGCAAAUUCCUACUUCUAUGACAAGGCUAUGUGCACACUUGCAUGGAAAUUAUUCUUACCAGAUGAAGAGUUUAGUCUGGACCACCCAGCUGCCAACCCUCUUAUCCCAGGACGGGGGCCUCCUUUGAAGCUCAUGCCUCCAACAUUAACAGUAGUGGCAUAACAUGAUUGGAUGUGAGAUCGAGCCAUUGCUUACUCAGAGGAGUUACGGAAGGUAAAUGUUGACGCUCCUGUUCUUGAGUACAAGGAUGCAGUUCAUGAAUUCGCGACCCUUGACAUGCUUCUCAAGACUCCACUGGCUCAAGCCUGUGCCGAGGACAUUGCCAUCUGGGUCAAUAAAUAUAUUUCACUUCAAGGUCACAAGUUCUCUUAUUAAGUAGGAUACCAGAAAAUUGAGGUUUACAUUACAGAAAGAUGAUCAUUUUCCUGUGAGCCUGUUCUGUCAGAAGAUGAGCUCGUGAUAUCAUACAACGCUUCCACUACUUGGGAUUAUGAUAUCUUGCUUGGGUUAUAUAUGGCUCCUAAAGCUGCUGGGUGGUUAUUAGUUUCAGGUUUAUUCCUUUUCCUCCUCUUCUUUUUGUAAGAUAAACUGUCUGAGGGUAGGAUCUAGUUCAACAAACGAACGCCACAUUUGUACAUUCUUGUCAAAAUUUUCCUGUGAAUUACGAUGUACUGUCGCUAUCAAUAGAUUUCAAUAGUUCAAUGCAAUGAAUAUUAUGAAAUGCCCUCUCUUGCUGUGUACUUGUGUUUUGGAGACAUCACUGGAUCAAGCUGUUGAUGAUGCCCGAUUAAUUAUCAAACACCCCCCAUUUUCUUGUGUGAGCAUUUGUUGCACCUUGGAUUGUUCAAAUUGAAAGAGACUUUCCCAUAUAGGAUAUCAGCAAGCAGACAGUGACACCGCCUAGGCUAAAAAGAGUUUUGGACUACCAAUAAUUCCAAAGUACAAUACAAAACUUCAUUUUUUUUUUUUUUAUCCUUAUACGGUUUCAGCCUGGGAGAGCUUUGAUGAGAGUUCCCACUUCAAUUAUAAAUAUCCAAUGUCAUUCAGAUUGGGUCCCUGGGGCUUGUGUCUAAACCUUUAAGCAGUUCCUCUUUGUGGUUCCUCCACUUAUUGAAUAACCCUUGGGAACCACAGAAGAGGCUGAAGAUGACCUUGGAGUGAAUAUACGGAUGAUUCUCUCGCAAGAAACAUCUGGGUCUCUCUUCCUUGCUCAUGCUCAACGAGAUGAAGCCAGUUUAGCCAAUGCACCCCAAUGCUGGAAGCACUUGAGGGAGGGAGUUCAAAUGGUGACUUUAGGCUAUGGCACUUGGUCUACCUGGCAGCCAGCGCGGUGUUCAGGCUCGUGUGUUGCAAUCUACCAGGCCUGGCCUGUGGCUAGCACACGGUGAAAACUCACAGGCUCGUCGACUGUGAAAAGCCGCUUUGUUUAUCUUCAACUUCAAGCAUAUGCAGAUCACUACUACUCUUGUUCUUGAAGGCGAUCCUUUAGUCACCUCGCAUGACAAUAACCAGGAAGAUCAUGACCUGGAAUCUUACUGGGAGUUACCUACUUUCCUAUAAAAAAAAAGAGGCACGAAAACUAUAUUACUGCAAUUUUAAGCAACCCCAUGAAAUUUUAAGGGUAGCAGGCUUGUUCCAGUAAUACAUUUGCUGGGUAAGGUUUCAGUGUGGUGUUGUUCAUCUAGGUUGUAUCAAAUUGUAUGUUUAUUUUAUGUGAGUUAUUUUUUAAAAA